UGCCUUUCCCAGUACUGCGACAUGACGCUCUGCCCGCGGGGGUUAGCUUUGGAUUUCCGAUGUGACCAUAUGGCUCGUGCGUUUCAAGUCUGACAGCCAUAUAAAAUUGCCAUACCAGUACUCUUCUACCCCCCGCAUCUUACAAAAAUGGGUUCUAACGAAGAAAAGGGAACGAAAACAAAGCCUGAUGUCUCCACCGAUGUAGAACCUGCUAGCGAUGCUGCCGGACAGCCUACACUGGCACGUCAGCUGAAGAACCGACAUGUUGCGAUGAUUAGUAUUGGAGGCGUUAUCGGUACCGGAUUGUUUUUGGGAACUGCUACAUCCCUGAAAAAUGGUGGUCCAAUUGGCCUUCUACUGGGUUAUCUGACCCUUGGAACAAUAUGUUGGAGUGUCAUGGUUUCUCUGGGAGAGAUGGUCGCCUACCUACCCAUCCCCGGUGGUCACAUUAAGCUGGCCGAACGAUUUGUGGACCGUGCAUUGAGUUUUGCCAUGGGUUGGAAUUACUGGUAUAACUGGGUCAUCUUCAUGCCUACUGAACUCAGUGCGGCAUCCAUCAUUGUCGGGUACUGGAAUAAUAAUGUCAACACUGCCGUGUGGAUAACAAUUGGAUUGGUUCUUGUCAUCACCAUUAACAUGAUGGGUGCUGGGGCUUACGGCGAAGCAGAAUUUAUCUUUGCAUCCAUCAAGAUCAUUACGAUUACCGGAUUGAUCAUCCUCGGAAUCGUACUUGAUCUUGGAGGUGGUCCGAACCACGAUCGACUUGGGUUCAGAUACUGGAAGAAACCGGGACCAUUUGUUCACUAUGAUAACAUAUCUGGCUCUACAGGCCAGUUCUUAGGAUGGUGGUCUGUGAUGUCACAAGCAGCCUUCGCAUUUGUUGGCACGGAAAUCGUCGCUAUCGCUGCUGGAGAAGCAAAAAACCCAAGACGCAAUUUACCUAAAGCCAUUAAGAGGGUAUACAUCCGUAUUCUUUUGUUCUACAUCGGAGGUACAACCGUCAUCGGACUUCUCGUCCCUUCGAAUGACUCGCGACUUGACUUGAGUGACGGUACUGCCGCUUCUUCGCCUUUCGUCAUCGCCAUAAAGAACGCUGGCAUUGGAGGGCUUCCAUCUGUCAUCAACGCUGCACUUCUGACGUCGGCUUGGUCUGCAGCUUCUAGCGACCUUUACACUAGCUCGCGAGCUCUUUUCGGUCUGGCUGUUGCCGGGAAUGCUCCUAAAAUCUUCAUGCGUACCACCCGCACAGGCUUGCCUUACAUUUCGGUCAUUUUCUGUUCUUUGUUUGGAGCUCUAGCCUAUAUGGCUUCCAGCAAUGGGGCAGGCGAUGUAUUUACGUGGUUCUCCAACAUGACUUCGGUCGCAGGUUUAUUGACUUGGCUUGGAAUCUGUGUAACCUAUAUUCGGUUCUACAGUGGCCUCAAAGCCCAGGGUUAUGACAGAAGCAAAUUGCCGUUCACCGCAAAGUUCCAACCCAUACCUGCGUGGUACGGCCUAAUCGGCUCCUUUGUAAUCUGUUUCUUUAGUGGGUGGAGCGUUUUCCUCAAGGGCCACUGGGCGCAGGAUACUUUCGUGACAAACUACUUCCCCUUGAUGCUCUUCCCCGUCAUGUAUCUCGGCGCUAAGUUCUACUAUAAGCGACCUUGGGUCAGAGCCAAGGAUAUGGACUUCGUUACCAAUAUCGCUGAAAUCGAAGCUGAUACAUAUGACGAACCUCCACCUAAGAACAAAAUCGAAGCCUUCUGGAAAUGGCUUAUGUAAUGUCACAGGUUUCGAGUGCGUUCUGUGACCGUGCAUAUAUUUACGUGACCCCAAUUUCGGUUUUCACCCACAAAAUUGUUCACCAUCUGUAGGCGGAGGUCUAAGGGUAGGAGGAAACGCAGGCCCAGUCAGAUACGAGAAAUAAAUUUUGUGCUUCCAAUUUUGGACAUGCAACUAUACUAUAAUGUCAAAUAUAAUAUUGUAAAUCUCUGACAAAAUGAACGAUGUGAUGGGUUUCAAUACCUUCUUCAUGAUGAUUUAAUAGCGCAAAGCCAA